CGCGUCUACAUAUACGUACAACUAAUAAGUAAUUAGAGAAAUCUAUAAGUGGCCAGUUAACCGAACGUGCAGUGAAGUGUACUAAGAUGCGAUCCGCAUUGCUUUGCGUUUUCUUUACACUAAUUAUAAUAAGAAGAAUCCACGCACAGAACGAUGGCUUCAGACCUACGCCCAUACCGCUGAGCGACUGGCACCACGAGCGCCGAGCCGGCCGCGCCGCCACCCUGCACGAGACCUUCCGCACGGACGCGCCGCGGGCCGUGGCCGCCGUGCCCGCGCACUACUGGGAGGACGCGCUGAGGCACAGCGUGUACCUCACCCUCGUCAGGGACAAAAUCGACCAACUGAUCGCCAAGGGCGAAGUUAUAUCGCCCGACAGUAAACCGGGCAGUUAUGAUUCAAAAGAGAUCGACGAUCACGAUCUCUGGGAUAAAAUUAAAACGGCGCCCUUCGAUAGAAUCCAGCAGGAGGAACCGGGCGCUUACGGAGACGUUACGAUAAUGGCGAAGGGACGACUCUUAGAAGACGGAGCGGGCUUCCGCUUCGCCGAAGACGAGAGGUCUAAAGAAAAAUGCAGCGACGACGACUGCGCGCGAGACGUCAAGGCGUUCUGGUCGGUGAAACGUGUGAGGCAAAGGGAAACGUCCCCGGGGAAAUAUCACUACGAGCUCACGUUUUCAGUCAUCUCGCAAAUACCUAAAAAGCAAAGAAAGCCACACGAGAAUCCAAUCCGAACAUUUACAGUCAAGGAAAGUUCACCGUACGGCGUAAUAGAUAAACCACAAGAACAUCGCAGGUUCGGGCACAGGCUACAUCCGACGCCGAUGCCCGAAAGGGCAAUUUGGGUGCAUAAAAACAUAUCACCAGUGAAACAAACCGGCAGGAAACAUUACCUCCACGGAUUAGAUAGGAUAUUUUCGUCUUUCUUUUCUGAUGACGAAGAGGAGGAGUACGAUCCUCCUCCUCAAAGAUACAAGCAAGGUCCCUUCGUUACGCCACCACCGCCAUACUCUAAAAUAGGGCACGCAGGAAUGUAUAAUGACCAACACCAACAGAUACCCUACCCUUAUAGACCUCAUCCCGGUAAGAACAUUCGGCCGCCUUUGCAGACACCCCCAAUACACCCAGUCCAGCCUCAAUAUUUGGAUAUGGGGGGCAUAAUUACUGCAUCUAAUAACAACCCGUAUGCUCCCUAUUCACAUGACCACAGAGAAGAAUCGAGUCAAACGUUUAAGACGACUCGACCAGCUGUCUUACCAACACCACUUCCACAUAAAAGCCAGUCGAAUGAAGUGACUAACAAGAUGUCUGCGGAGAAUUUCGACAACACGUCAUUAGCUCCCGACAACUCUAUGAUAUACAAAACUUACAAUAAGUACAAAACAACACCAGCAAAAGCAAACUACUUUCCAGACCACGUCAGACCACCCAUAUAUAAUGCUCCACCCGGUGUUUUCGUAACAAUGGACAAGAAACCAUUCAAGCCCAUGCCCCCUUUGAAAUUAAUGCACUCGACAAAGUCUCAUCGACCAAACAGACCGAUUGAUUUCAGACCGAGCCCGCAAAUUACCGAUGUGCAAAGUUCGGAUUCCUUUGCUGACAGUGCAUUUAGACCGAUAACAAUGAAUUUUGGUGACAUUACUGUACCAGAAAAGUUGGAUAUCAUCGAAACCACUAAAAAAGGCGAACAGAACAAAAAUCGAAAACCGACUGCGACCGGCAAGAAACCUCCGAAAAAACACGACCACGGAAAACAACAUCGCAGCACCACGGCAACUCCCGAUAUAAUAACUGCUCAAUCGACUUCCGAGGAAGAAAUCGAAACUAUGGAUUGGGCGAAUAUAUUAGGAGCUUUUACCAAGACAACGCCGAUGUUUUCCCAAACAGAGAAAAUAAAAGCACCAGAGACAACUACACCGAUGACCACCUCGACGACUGUCACUACGAGUACUGCGAGACCGAGGAGCACGACAACCACUGAAGCGCAGCAGGAAUCCACCACAACCACAACCACAGCCAAACCCAGAAAGCGUACGCGUCCACCGCCCAAGUUCGCCAAACAAGACAAAAUUAAAAAACAUAAGAGACUUACUACCACGACCACAACUACGACGACAACUGAAGCUCCACAAACCACACUCAAAAGGAGAUCGUCGCAAGACUUGACGCCCCAAGCAACGUCUGCUGCAACAAGUGCUCCGAGAGCUACAACAUCUCACAGAGAAUCUCACAACAGAACGCAAACCAGUACUACUACUACUACUACUACAACAACGACCACAACAACAACAAAGCCGACCACCGCCAAAACAUCUACAACAACACAAUCACCGAGCACAACAGCCAAAUCAACUGGCUCCCCCACACUACCGAGGAGUAAAAACCGUUUCCGACAGUCAACAUUAAUGCUUAAAGGAACGUCUAUCAAACAUGAUAGAUGGAAUGGAAGCAAUCAAACGGUCACAACACCAUCUUCAAUAUCAAAUAACAAUAGAAGAAAAGGUUCUAACUUCCACGGCUACGUAUCAUCGACCACACCUCGUCCAAACGACGAACAAAGGGAGAGAAGCCACGCUGAACACACGCCUAAUUCUAGUGCGGAACCCAUUACACUAAGCACUACCGCUCAGACUAAAUACGACGAAACUGUUGAACAUUAUGAAACGAAUAGUGUAAUACCACUAGAAAGCACCGAUAGAGAAAGUGAUGAAUAUUACGAGGAUGAUUCUAAAGAGGAUUCUAAAGACCAAUCAGAAUUUAUUUUCCAACCUACAACCACACAAUCAUCGAUUGAAAUGACUACGCCACAUACGCCAGCCAGUAACAAAACAAAGUGUAAAAAGAAAAAAACUAACAUUUCUACAACUCAGGAAUCGGGCGAAAUUCAUGCGGAGACUGUCGGUACAACACCGAAGACCUACACCGUUACAACAGCGAAAAUCCCUAAUGAAGCAUCGACAACUAGUGAUAUUUUUGAAGAUUUUUUAAAUUUCAACUUCAAUGAUGAUGAUGAAAAAGAUCCAAGUCACUCCAGAGCCGACUUAGACAAGGAAGAGAGUUCAAACCACAAUAGUUACUUGAAGAUUGAUGAUGAUUUUGAAGAAUUCUUGGAUAUGCAUCUAUCGGGUAAAAAGAAAACCAACAAUCAGUAUGGUAGUGAUGAAGAUGAGGAUGAUGAAAAUGAUGAUGUUGAUGAUGAAGAAUAUGAGAACAGCAAAAUACCUUCAAUCGAUGAUGACGCGGUAUUCCAAUCAGAUGAAAAACAAGAAUCAGGCAGAAACUCGAAUAGAAACGGUGCUAAAGAAAAACGUCCUUACACCUUAUUAGAACUAAUGGCCAUGUCAUAGACUGAACUUUUUACUGUAGAAUACCAAUAAUAAUGCAGCUUUAAUUUAUUUCUUUUUAUAAUUUAAUAAUAAAAGAACACAAAUAGAAAAGGCAUUUAAUAUAUAUCAUAAAUCUUGCUCCCCUAACA